ACCUAUAGACGCAGAAAGAGCCACAGUGACCUCUAGCGGAAGCGUCGGAGAAGUGCGAUUCUGUUUCAAUGGCAACCAUCACAGAGUUGAAAAGCGCUUUGCGAGAGACGCUGGAGGCCCGUGGGGUCCUGGGGCAGCUGAAGGCGAGGAUCCGGGCUGAGGUGUUCAGCGCGCUGGACGAUGAGAGCACGCCGCGGCCGCCGCUGUCCCACGAGAACCUGCUCAUCAAUGAACUGAUCCGAGAAUACCUGCAGUUCAACAAGUAUCAAUAUACCGCCUCGGUGCUGACCGCAGAAUCAGGUCAGCCUGAAGUUCCCCUAGAUCGGGAGUUCGUGGCCAGUGAGCUCAAUGUCACAGAAGAUUCGAGUGCCAAAGCAGUGCCAUUGUUGUAUGGAUUGCUCCAUCAUUUCCUUAGCAGUAAGGAAGAGCACAAAGGAAAACUCUUCCUAAGAGGCUCAGCAACAGUGCCUUCACAAGAACCUCGUGGCCAUCGUAAUGCAGAGUCAUAAAACUGAGCUCCGCAGUCAUCAAGAACCAACACACAAGAGGAAGUCAUAUGAUCACAAUUAAAAUAAUUUGCCAUUAAAGAGGCCAAAAUAUUCUGUCCAGCUUACUCCGGUUGUAGAUGUUGAAUGUAUUAUAUUUUUGACUUUUAGUAAUAGUUUUAUGAAUAAAACCAUUGUGAUUGAUUGUUCAGUUUAGCUUCUCAGCUGUACAAACAAUGCAGCAUUUUGCAAUAUAUUCGUAUUCCUCAUAUAUUAAAUUUAAUUUGACA